AUGAAUAAACUGGUGAACAAAGAUGGUUUUGUCCUUCCUGCCCCCGAAAGAAACUUACCUUCCUCUGAAAGAAACAAGGGAAUAGUAAAAUCGUCCAUGGAGCUAGAUGGGUUCACUUCAACAAGGGAAAAGGAUGGAUCCAAUAUCCUACACAGCAACAUUGCAAUUUUGACUUUUCUUGCACAAACCUUGCAAGCCAUGAAAAACGGUAAGGGUGUUAUUGGUAAUUUUCCAUCUGGGUCUGCAAAGCUAACAAAAGACUCCAAAGAGGGACAUGCUCUCUCGGCCCGAGAAGAAUCUGGGUCUUCUGCGCUUUAUGCCAAAGAACAUGGAGUGGUAGAAGUGCUCCUCACCUCGGAAGGGAAUGUACAGAAGAUUGGAAGGGGUCUAAGAGGAACGCUACAAACUGAUAUUCAUAAGGUUACUGCAGAAAAUGGUCUUUUCAAAUCUGAGCUAUCUGGAACGACACAGGAUCCUGGCCCCUCUUGUGCCUUGGAGGCUGCCAAUGCUAAAAUCGUGCGUCUGCAAGUUGCAAAUGAGUACACAAGUACAACAAAGCUGCUGCAUUUUCAACAUGUCAGCACUGCAAGAGCUAGCACUUACACUAAACAAGCUUUCAGAAUACUUGAUCUCUCAGGCAAUAGUUUCAUAGGUUUGAUUCCUGAAUCACUUAGUAACUUAGAAUACCUUGAGCAAGCUUGGUGGGGGGGGGUGCUUCACGAUCUCAGAGAAUUCAAUAUUUCAUCCAAUUUAUUAAGCGGGAAAAUUCCUGAGAUUGGAAACUUAAAGGUUGCAUCACUCAUUGAUCUGUCAAAAAAUAAUUUUUAUGGUAAGAUUCCUAGCACUUUAGGGGGUCUAGAUAAAUUGAUUAAACUUUCUCAAGCACAUAAUAGAUUAGAUGGGCCUAUUCCAAAUUCAUUUGGCAAAAUGUUGGCGUUGGAAUUCUUGUAUUUGUGCUAUAACAAUCUUAGUGGUGAAAUUCCAAAGUUAUUAGACGCUCUUGUGUAUCUCAAAUACCUGAACAUCUCAUUUAAUGAACUCAAUGGAGAAAUUCCCAUGGUUGGUCCUUUUGCAAAUGCCACAGCCAUCACAUAUGUAUUUGUAAGAUUACAAAAGACAAAGAAGAAUACAGGUCAAACAGAUGUGUCUCUGGUAAAAGAGCAUGAAAGAAUAUCCUAUUAUGAACUUGAAUAUGGAAUAGAAGUAUUUGAUGAAAGCAAUUUGCUUGGUAAUGGGAGUUUCAGACGGGUCUACAAAGGGAUACUUAAGGAUGGUACCCUUUUUGCAGCAAAGGUACUCAAUGUGCAACUGGAGGGUGGAUUCAAAAGUUUUGACACAGAAUGUGAGAUACUUCGGAAUCUUCACCACAGAAAUCUGACCAAAGUCAUCACCAGCUGCUCCAACCAUGAUUUCAAGGCCCUAGUGUUGGAAUACAUGCCCAACAGGACACUUGAUAAAUCGUUAUACUCUCACAACUUGUUCUUGAACUUAUUACAGACACUGGAUAUCAUGAUAGAUGUUGCAUCUACAGUGGACUAUCUCCACAAUUGCUAUUUAACACCUGUAGUGCAUUGUGACUUGAAGCCAAGCAAUGUCUUGCUAGAUCAAGAAAUGGUUGGUCAUGUUAGUGAUUUUGGCAUUGCAAAAUUGUUAGGUAAAGGGGAGGGUUUUGUUCAAACAAGGACAAUUGCAACUAUUGGAUAUAUUGCUCCAAAGUAUGGACAAGAUGGAAUCGUAUCCAUGAGCUGUGAUGUUUAUAGUUUUGGCAUCCUGAUGAUGGAGAUGUUUACAAGAAUGAGACCAAGUGAUGAAAUAUUUACUGGAGACUUUAGCAUACAACGUUGGGUUGGUGAUUCCUUUCCAAGUGAAAUUCAUAAGGUGCUGGAUUCUAAUGUGGUACAGCCAGAGGAUGAACAAGUCGACGCAAAGAUACAGAUGCAAUGCUUGUUAUCUAUUAUGGAAUUAGCUUUGAGCUGCACUUUAGUGAGACCUAAUGCAAGUACUAGCAUAGAAGAUGCUCUUUCAACUCUUAAAAAGAUUAGGCUCCAAUUUGUCAGUAAUCGCUACUAG